GGAACAGACCGCCCUGACCGACCUGAACCCUCCCGUUGGUUGAAGGCCACCAUGUGGCAGCGGCUCGCCCGUGUGCGGUGUCCGCCGCUGCGAGCGGAUGGGAAGGCAUUCUCCACGAUGCGAGCGGUGCUGUGGCGCGGUGAUCCAGAUCCGUCCAAGAUGAAGGUGGAAAUGAUUCAAAAGCCUAGCCCGAAGAAGGGAGAAGUCUUGGUGAAAGUACGUGCAUGCGGCGUUUGCCACACGGAUCUUCAUUGCAUCAAGAAGGAUUUGCCGUUUCCGUCCCCGGCGGUCUUUGGACAUGAGAUUAGUGGAACCGUGGUGGCACACGGUGACGGUGUGGAUAUAUCACGCUUACCUUUGGGAGGUAAAGUGGCUUGCACUUUCAUCAUGCCCUGCGGGUCCUGCUUUCACUGUGAAAGAGGCGAGGAGGAUACCUGUGCCCCAUUCUUUGCGUUGAACCGUUUGAAGGGUCAGCUCUAUGAUGGCAGCACCCGGCUUUAUUCAACAGAUGGUCAGCCGAUCGCCAUGUACUCCUUCGCCGGGCUGGCGGAGUAUGCCGUGGUCCCCCAGACCGCCGUCUUCGAAUUGCCCAGCACUUUGGCCGAGAAGCACUUUCCGGAGGCGUCGCUCUUGGGCUGUGCCUUCUUCACUGCCAUGGGCGCCAUCCGCAACGCUGCAGAGCUGCGCGCGGGGCAAUCGACAGUGAUCAUCGGCGCUGGAGGAGUUGGGCAAGGCAUCAUUCAACUGGCUAAGCACUUGGGUGCUGGACCGAUCAUUGCAGUGGAUAUCAGUGACAAGGCAUUGGACAUGGCGGCCACCUUGGGGGCAGAUCAUUGCAUCAAUGCCCGCAAGGAGGAUGUGCUGGAGCGCAUCGCGGCAGUGACCGAGGGCCACAAGGCGGAUGUGUGUUUGGAGGUGAUCGGAUCCAAAGCGACCUUUGAACAGGCGCUCCUGUCGGUGCGCGACGGCGGCCGUGCCUGCUACGUGGGCAUCGCCGCGGCCACGACCAAGGCGGAGGUGCCCAUCACACAUCUGGUGCGACGAAGGAUCAGCCUGGUGGGCUCCUAUGGUGCUCGUGCCUCCCAAGACAUGCCGGAGCUCCUUUCGAUCGCCGCACAGGGCGGGGUGGAUCUCCCCUCGGCCGUGACCCGGCGCUUCACCAUGGACCAGGCGGCAGAGGCUUAUAGCUUGCUUGACCAGGGCCAAAUUGCUGGAAGAGCGUUGAUCGACAUGGGCGAGUGAUGCCAAAACGGUCCCACUGGGUGUUUGCAAUGUGCUGUCGCGUUUUGCUCUCACUGCCUUUGCAGAUCCCAACGAUUCCUCCAACUCCAAACAUUUGAACUUUGGGCGGAUCCUGCGCAAUAGUUUUAGCAGAGGUUUUACAGGAAGUGGCCCCCCACUCGCUUGACAACAGUUUUCGGACAUCCGAUAGAGAGGAUGCUGUGGUUUGGAGGGGUCACUCUGCUGCAACUUGACAAUGUGCUCUUGCAGAUGGGUUUUUGGAUCGUGUUUGGUGCUACAUUCAGCCUUAAUUAAGUUCAAUUGCGAUUCACUGCUUGAGAUUCCAGCGCCGACUCUCCCCUGCAGAAAAAAGAGGAGGCGCUUACAGCUUUUUAGUGGCGGACGGGGAGGGGGAUUCCCUUGUGAACCCGAAUGCCAGGGUGUUUCAACAUGACCUGGAGGCCAUUCGAGCUUUGUUUCUAAAGAAAAGGAUCCUAUUUGGAACCUUGCACAAACAUGCGCUGACAUCUUUGUCUCACCCACCCUGGAUGACUGCGUUUUUUGAACUCUGAGAACAACUGCGCUGAACCCGAAGGUAUAGUGGACCAUACCAUUUGAUCAGUUCUGCACAUGGAAAUGGUGCACGCAGAGACAUUUCUGAUCAUGUGUGAUCUCGAAAGCUUUCCAGAUGUACAUGUAGCCAG